CCUGUCUUCUGCCUCUGCUGGGAUCCAACUGGCAACUGGAAUGGAACUGAAUCUGUCGAAGAAUGUGAUUUCUUGUGGGGACCCAGGUGGGAUGAAUUUGGACAGAAUCGCAGAGGCAGUGAGAGCACCGCCGCCCCGCGACGUGGCCCCCGCGUUUCAUUUACCGAGAACUUCAAACAGCAGUCGAGAAACUUUAGAGAACUCAAGCAGCGAGUCUUCGGACACAGAGUUGGCAGAAAAGGAGAGGAGCGCUGAACACAGGAGCGAUGACGGGAACGCGGAUGACCCCAAGAAGAAGAAGCAGCGGCGGCAGCGGACUCACUUCACCAGCCAGCAGCUGCAGGAGCUGGAGGCCACUUUCCAGAGGAACCGCUACCCGGACAUGAGCACCAGGGAGGAGAUCGCCGUGUGGACAAACCUGACCGAGGCCAGAGUCCGGGUGUGGUUCAAAAACCGCCGGGCCAAGUGGAGGAAGCGGGAGCGGAACCAGCAGAUGGACCUGUGCAAAAACAGCUACCUGCCGCAGUUCAGCGGCCUCAUGCAGCCGUACGACGACAUGUACCCGGCCUACACCUACAACAACUGGACCAACAAGGGCCUCGCCCCGGCGCCGCUGUCCACCAAGAACUUCACCUUCUUCAACUCCAUGAGCCCCCUCACCUCGCAGUCCAUGUUCUCGGCGCCCAACUCCAUCUCCUCCAUGACCAUGGCCUCCGGGAUGGGCCACUCCGCCGUGCCGGGCAUGCCCACCCCGGGCCUAAACAACAUCAGCAACCUGAACGGGAUCGGCACGUCCGGCAUCAACUCGGCCAUGUCGUCGUCCGCGUGUCCGUACGGGCCUCCCGGCUCGCCGUACAGCGUUUACCGGGACACUUGCAACUCCAGCCUGGCCUCCCUCAGACUCAAAUCCAAGCAGCACCCAACGUUUGGAUACAGCGGCCUGCAGAGCCCCGGGUCGAGCCUGAACGCCUGUCAGUACAACAGCUGACGGGCGAAAAGCGGGGCCGAAAUGUUACAAAUAUAAAUAAAGAAAUAUAUAUAUGUGAUGAACGGACACGGUGUCAGAGCUUAAAGGCUACCUGCGGAUGGGGGGGGAAAAAAACAAACAAACAAACAAAAAAAAACAACAAAAAAAUCAAAGACAACUAAACUGGAUUAGUUGCAAUCAUUUUUUCAUAAAAAGAAAACAUGGAUUAUGCGGGUUAUAUGUGUUUACCAAUGAACUUGCACAGCAAUUGAAAUGUCCAGGUUUUUUUUUUUUUUUUUGGUUUUUUUUUAAAUGAUGAAGACGUGUUACAUUGCUGCACUGUAAAUAUAUAAAUGUAAAUAUAUACAGGCCUAACAUAUGAAACAGACGAUGGGAUUUUUUUUUCUUUGCUUGCUCGCUUUUGAAGACUGGCUUGGGGGUUUUCUCGACCAACACAAGGAUUUGCAAGAAUAAAAAAAAAAAAAAAAGAAUAGAUAACGUGUCGAGCCUGUCGUGAGUCCAGACUCUGAGGGAAAAAAAAAAAAAAAGACAAAAUCUAGCCUAUCUUGUACAUAUUUUAUACUGCUUCUCUGUGCUUUCUAUUUACCGUCUAUGCAGGGUGCCACCGGCCCGUUUGACUCCAUGACGCCUCCCGUUCUGUGACUUUACUUUGAAAUGCUUUUCAUUUUGAUUGCUGAAAAUAGGAAAAAAAAAAAAAAAAA